AUGACAACACAUGCAACAAUGUCGUUUGAUAGUCAUCCUCGUCAUACAUUAUACAGUAAUCGAACUUAUGCUUGUACGACAACAACAUCAUCAUCAUCACACUCAUCUGUUAUCAAUCAACCAUUUCAUUCCUAUUUAAAAACAUUACCGACAAUAAAUAUAUGUGAAAAUCGUCUCUAUGACGUAACCAUAGCUGGUGAUGUUGGCUCAGCAACAUCAUCAUCGUAUAUUAAUAGUAGCGAACAUUAUGAUAAUACAUAUAUAAAUACAUAUGAUAAUCCAAUACAAUAUUUCGAAAGUUAUCCGUCAAAAACGAUCGAUAUUGUCAAUAGUAGUUUAAAUGAUCUUCCGCAUUCAAAUGAGAAUUUUUACGAUCAUGCUGGUGGAGAUGAUAAUGUUAAUGGCUCAUCGAAUAGUUCUCGUAGUUCAUCGCCUGUUCUUUUCUACUUGGAAAAUAAGAAUCUAGCAAUAUGUGCAUGUAUUAUAUCAUUUCUUCUACUACUAUUAAUUGGCUUAGGAAUUUUCCUGUUAAACAAAUUAAUUCGUCCCGUUAUUAUCAAUACUACUGUAAACAAUCAUUAUGGUAUUAUGAACAUGACCAAUACGACCACCACAAUGUCAACAACGAUUCUUUCAACAAGACCGACACCGUUUGUGAUGGUAUUACGAAGAUCUUCAAUUGAUAUUUUAACCACCACAUCAAGUACGUCAUCAAUCGAUGAGUAUCCAGAAUCAUGUCCACCGAAUCGGUGGGGAAAGACGUGUGAAAACAUUUGCAAGCCAUGUGGUCUCGGUGUAUGUCAACUGACAACCGGCAAAUGUCUUUGUCCAGCGGAAGUUUACGGAGAAUUCUGUGAUCUAUGGAAAAUUAAUGACAAACCUAAACGUGGCGAUAUGAAAAGAUAA